CCCGCAAAUUCUUGAAUUACUCGCACCAGUAGUGUUGAUUUGACAGUGCACUGUCACAAGUUCCCUCUCGUUUGCACAGACGGUGAUUGAAAUUCCAAUCGAUCACCCAUGGGCUUAUUUUAUGACUGAAAGCCACCCCCACCCAAAUCUAAAGAGAUUUUUUUUUCCUUGUGCAUGUGUGUGCGCGACAGAUUCACAACCAAGAGGCAGCACGUGCUUCUCACAGUACCGCGAAAGGCGCGCGUUUAAUUUUUACAUUUGGCAUCCCCUUUGCAUUGUUUUUUUAAGCGCGUGCUGCUGAUUCUGAUUCAGCGCGGAUUACAGCAGCAGGACGUCCGGUGAGCGCGGCUGACUGAGCGCUCGUGCUGCAGUAACAGAAGGUGCGCGAGACUCUUGUUUAGUACAAACUCGCACACACACACACACACACACACACACGAUGAGCGCUAGUGGUGAGGAAGCCGCCGGCGAAGCUUCAGGAUCGCAGGAGCAGCCCGAGCCCACCCCGGCCGAGCCACCGAAGAGGGGACCGGGCAGACCCAGGAAACCGCAACAGGAACCCACAGGAGAGCCUGUCCCCAAACGACCGAGGGGACGCCCCAAAGGAAGCAAGAACAAGGGCCCCUCCAAAGCAGCGCAGAAGAAAGCUGAGACCACAGGGGAGAAAAGACCCAGAGGAAGACCCAGGAAAUGGCCACAGCAAGUGGUCCAGGAAAAGCCUGCUCAGGAAGAAGAAGAAGAGGAGGCGGAGCCAGAGGAGGACUAAGCAACCACAGGAUGUUACCUCUACCUCAUCCAACUGUUAGCUCUUUCCAAGGGAAAAGACUGCCUUGACCACUUAUCAUUGAUUUCCCACUUUCAUUUGAUCGUUUUUGUUUGAGUUUUUUCCUCAUUUGUUUAUUUUGGUUUUGUUUUGUUUGUGAUAAACACACACAACACCUCAGAGCUUAAACCCGAAAAAAACUACGUAAAUGCAAACCAACAUCUUGCAGAUAACGAUUGGAGCCACCUUGCUGUUCCCACUAAAGCGUUGAAACUGCUUUAAGCGCACAGAGUAAGUGCAGGGGUUAAACACACAAUAUGUGCUGCAGCGGUUUCCUUACACCACACACACUUUUAACCACACUCACGUUGAAUGAUUUUCCAGGCUUCACUGGUAAAGAAGGUAAAUCUAUAGGUCUGUUUUUGUCAUUGAAGUAGUCACAACAUGAGAUGCCUCAUGGGUGAAGCUUUAAAUGGACACACCCAUCCUGUCAUACACAAAUAAACACACAUGAACUCCCUCUCCACAGCACCGUGCCACCAAAGAUUUAUUUUCCCUUUUGCAUUUUCCUCUAUUCACACUGAUUGGUUAAGUGGUUCGCGGUUUACCUAAAAAAUGUCCUAGUGAUUUUACUAUAAGAUUAAAUUCAGUUAAAUAUUCAAACAGGUGUAAAAUGCUCCAGUAGAACCUAUGAAAAUGUUCUCAAGGAGUAUUCCGGGUUCAAAACAUGUUGAGCUCAAUCAACAGCAUUUGUGGCAUAUUGUUGAUUACAACAACAAAAAAAUUUAGUUGUCUGGGUUACAGUGAGGCACUUACAAUGGAAGUGAAUGGCGCCAAUCCGUUAACAUUUAAAUACUCACAGUUUUGAAAGUAUAUCCACAAGACGUAAUCAAUAUGUUAACAUGAUUUUAGUAUGAUAAAAUCACUUACUAACAUUUUCUGUGCAAAGUUAAAUCCAAUUUUACAACUUCGUUGCCAUGAAUGCGUAGCGCCAUAAACUAUAAAACGACUAUAAAAGGGACAAGUCGAAACAAUUUUUUGUGGUAAUCAACAUUCUUUUACAAAUACUGUCGAGCUUAACUUGUAUUAAACCUGGAAUAUUCCUUUAAGAAAAAUUAUCUGUCAAAAAUGGCUCGCGAUGCAUUAGUAAUUUCACCAAAAUGACCGUGAGUCACCUUAAAUGGUCUUAAAGUUGCAGACAGACCCUUCACCCUGUUAUUGUAAUUGAUUGCGAGUUUAAUUUUUGUGUGAAGGUAAGAAUUAGCCCUACCUCUUCCUUAGAGGUGAAUUAGAACCUAAACUUUUAAUAUGCAUUUUUUUAUUGUUGCAGCAAACAUAAAUGGCAUGUGGGCGAUAAUUUCCAGCAUUACAACAGAACAAUGCCACAGCAUUCUACUGUACAUAUCUUGCAACUUCGGCUUUGCUUAAUUAACACGUGUACAUAAUUGUUUUUAUUUUCUUGAAUGGCAUAGCUUUAAGAACAUAAUAUCAGAUAAGCUCAACUAAAGGGAAAUGUUUGAACUCAGACUGGUUCUAGACCUAAACCUCAAAAACCACAGGAACAAAACCGCUCUAUACCUCAUUACACACUAAAAUACCUGAAUGACAGUGACAGCGUUGUGUCAUAAGACACAAAUGGUGUUUGAUGUAUCUUAACGUAUGCCAGCACUGUCACCAAUGCAAUAUCUCCUCAACAUUUCAAAGCUACCUCUGAUUUCUUCAACCAGCAAACCAGUUUGAGAAAUGCACGCUGCUAUACAGUUCUCAUUACAAAGCAGGGGCUGGCAGUGAGUGCCAACAUUGAAAACGAACCUUAUUGUAACAUUGUCGUAACUUGGCAUGAGGGCACAUCAGUGCUCUGCAAAAUGUUUUUUGUGGGUGUUGGGCAGGUAAUAACUGAAAUCUGAGGUCUGUUUGUAGUCAUAUGUAGAACUAAUCAUGCAGCUAAGGGAAAAAAGUACUGUGUUUGUUUUUGUAAAUUUUUCUCUUUUUUUCCAUAUUAGCUUAUAUCAGACAUUUGUAACACGACACUCUUUUAUCUACAACUGGGAUGUC